UCACAAUUUUUUCAUUUAAAGUUGUCAGUUAUAGUUUUUUAUUAUUUUACGUGGUUUUGUACAUAAAAGCAGACCGGAGUACAAAAUAAACAACAGCAAUAGUAGAUAAUGUGAUACAGUAGGGUGGCCCUCAAAAAUCGAAUGUCUUUUUUUUUUUUACGCUACCCCUUAAUUUUUUUUUAAUGGUCAAAAAAAUGAGCUGUGCAAAAUUUGGGACCGAUCCGUUAAGGUUAACCCGUGCCCCGGGCCUAUUAAGUUGAGUCGAAGAGUCAAAUUUAAUAGAAAUAACUGAUCUAUGUCUCAUAACUUUUUUUUCUCUUAACUUAGAAUUAUUAAAGUAAAACUCAAGUAAAGGAAAUUUUACAAGGAAUUCAAAAAUAAUAAUUUCAAUGUUGUUUUCUCAAUAAAUAGCCCACAAAAACACUAAAUACAGUAAAAAACACGUCAUAGUCUUAAAAAUAUGUUAUAACGGAUUUUGUUGAUUUUUACUAAUUUAUUUUCAUUUUAUUCUAUGGAAAACUCAUAUUCGUUCAAAAAAAGGUUCUAAAAGUUUAAUUUUUUAUGCCAAUUACGAUAAUUAUAUUAGAUUUAUUAUUUUAUGGACAGUUAAUUAAUGAUUAAUUACAAACCUAACAAAAUUUAUUGCAGUAUUACAUUUUGUCGUAUUACUGUAUCAAUUUUGGUUUACUGAAUUGCUUUAAGAUAGUUCUAAUUUUAUUAUCAUUAAAGAUAAGUAUAUUUGUGUUAUUUUCAUUCGACUAACAUAAAUUGUGCGGUAUAAAUGCAGCAGACAGUUUGUGGACAAGUUUAAUCAUAUUUUACCUGUUUAUUGUUACAUAUUAAGUGAUAAGUUUUAGUCACAAAGGUACACUAUUAUUGCUCUUAAAGAUGUCUCUCAAAGUAUUACGAACUAAUAUUUAUCUUAUUGGUAAUUAUUCCCACGAAAUAACUGGUAGUAAAUUACCAUCUAAUUUACAAGUGUUGAAAACAUUGUUUUUUAAUUUAAGAGUUGUAAAAUUAAAUGUUCGGCAAAGUGCGUUGUUAGUUUUACGUGAAGUAAUGAUUUUUUGGGAUAAGGCGCGGAUCCCAACUAUGUUGGAAAGAAAUUGUGUUGAAAAAAUAGAACGUUUGUAUGAAGAGUGGCGACUUCUACAAAAACACACUGGUCGAAUUACAGUUAGCCACAAAGAAAAAGUAGAUGCUUUUACAUUAAAGUUUAAUAACUUGUUUGAUAUUGCACAUACUGAUGCUUUAAGCCUUAUAAAAAUAGAUGAAGAUAGACUAUUUUUGUUAAGUCAAAGAGAAGAAGGGCGACCAGGAUUUUUGCAUGGGAUUUCUAAUGAAAUUAACUAUAAUAAUGAUAAUGAAGAAAUAGAAACUGAAAGCAUAAACGUCUUACAGGAUUUGGAAAUUUCAAUGGCAUCCACUACAUUAAGUGAGAACUCCGAUACUGAUGUUACUGAUAACAGUUAUGAAUUGCCACCACCAAAAAAGCUGAAAGGUAAACGACAAAUAAUUACUCCUAAACUAGUUUGUGUUAUGACAGUCGUAAAAUAAGUGAUAGAGCUGCUGUACACAUACUUGUUGCCGUUGUUGAAGCGUUAGGGGAGAACAUUGAUGAUUUUAUUAUUAAUAGAUCGUCAAUUCAACGUUGUCGAGCAAUCUUACGAAAAGAGAGGGCAGCUUCAAUUAAAAAUCAAUUUAAUGAUUCCGAUUUAAAUGCUCUAGUAUUACACUGGGAUGGUAAGCUUCUCCCAGAUUUAGUCGACAGUAAAAUAAUUGAUAGAAUGUCAAUAAUUGUUAGCAAUAGUGAUUCCGAAAAACUUCUCGCUAUACCAAUAUUAGAACAAGGGACAGCUAAAAAUCAAGCAUUAAUGCUAUAUGAAACUUUAGUCCAAUGGAACAUAAAUAAAUCAGUAAAGGCUUUAUCUUUCGAUACAACUGCUGUAAAUAGUGGUCAUUUAGGAGGUACUUGUGUUUUGUUGGAACGACUCUUAGAAAAAGAAUUACUUUAUUUACCUUGCCGCCACCAUAUAUUUGAAAUUAUACUCAGAAGCAUUUUCGAUAAUAAAAUUAGUUGUUCUACUGGUAAAGACGUACUAAUUUUCAAGCGAUUUCAGCAGGCUUGGAAUAAUUUAAAUAAAGAAAAUUUUAAACCCCAUAUAUUUGAUAGUAAUAUUAAAGAAAUGAUAGAACCAGAACUUCAGAAGAUAAUAAUUUUUGUAGAAAAUAAUUUAAAUACAGUACAACCAAGGAAUGACUAUAAAGAAUUCCUCGAGUUAACAUUAAUUUUUCUCGGUGUAAAAAGUCAUAAUAGUCCAUUUUUUCAUAAGCCAGGUGCUAUUCAUCAUGCUCGAUGGAUGGCCAAGGCCAUUUAUAGCCUCAAAAUAUAUUUAUUUAGAGACGAAUUCAAACUUAAUAGCAGAGAAACACAAGGAUUACGCGAUGUUUGUUUGUUUUUGGUACUAGUUUAUGUUGAUUCAUGGUUUACAGCAACUUCGGCGAUUGCAGCACCAUACAAUGAUUUGAAUUUUGUUAAAAAAUUAUACAACUAUAGAUUAAUAGACAGUGAAAUAUCCCAAAUUGCGCUUUCUAAAUUUAUAAAUCACUUAUGGUACUUAAGUCCACAAUCCAUGGGCCUGGCAUUUUUUGAUAAUAAAAUAGAUGUUAAUAUUAAAAGAAAAAUGGUCGCUCAACUUAAUUCAACGCCAAGUCAGACAUCGAAACGUUUGAAAUUAAACGAAUCCGAUAUAGCCGAUUUUGUAAAAAAAGAUAUUGAAUAUUUUUCUAAGAUAUGAUUAACAUUCAGAUUAUACACUUAUAGGGAGUUCUCAAUUAGAUAUAAUUUAUUGGUAAAAAAAAUAGUAAUCAAAAAGCAUAACUUAUAACGAAAAAAUAAAUUAUUUUCUUUAAUCGAAAAAUGUAAUAAUACAAUAAUUUUAAUUACAUUUAAUAUGUAACAAUAAACAGGUAAAAUAUGAUUAAACUUGUCCACAAACUGUCUGCUGCAUUUAUACCGCACAAUUUAUGUCAGUCGAAUGAAAAUAACACAAAUAUACUUAUCUUUAAUGAUAGUACAAUUAGAACUAUC